GCUGUUCCCUUUGCCACAUUAUAACUAGUAGGGGAUCUACAGUAAGCAUGGCCACAGCUGCCUCGAAUCCCUACAGCAUUAUCAGCUCCAACUCCAUGGUUCAUGCAGACGCGUCGGUCAUGCAACAAGGGAGUCCUUUUAGGAAUCACCAGAAACUCCUCCAAAGUGAAUACCUACAGGGAGUCCAGAGCAAUGGACACCCAGUCGGGCACCAGUGGGUGACCAGCUUAUCUGAGGGAAGCCCUUGGACAGCGUCGCUGGCGAAUAGUCCCCUGGAGCAGCAGGACGUGAAACCGGGACGGGAAGACCUUCAACUCGGGGCGAUCAUUCAUCACCGAUCCCCCCAUGUCGCUCACCACUCGCCCCAUACAAAUCAUCCAGGUGCAUGGGGGACGCCUGUGUCUCAUAACUCAUCUAUAAACAACGGAGGACAACCCAUCAAUAUCUACUCACAGACGGGAUUCUCUGUAAACGGCAUGCACGGAGGUCUAACGCCACCGCCUAAUUCUGCGCAAAGCCAGAGCUUGCACCCGGGGUUACGGGACACGCCGGACCAUGCCGACAUGGGGGGACACCAUUGCCACGACCAUUCCGACGAGGAGACGCCGACCUCGGAUGAGCUGGAGCAAUUCGCAAAACAGUUCAAACAAAGGAGGAUCAAGUUGGGCUUCACUCAGGCAGACGUGGGGCUUGCGCUGGGGACUUUAUACGGCAACGUCUUCUCGCAAACAACCAUCUGCAGAUUCGAAGCCUUGCAGCUCAGUUUCAAAAAUAUGUGCAAACUAAAACCUUUGCUAAACAAGUGGCUCGAGGAAGCAGACUCGUCAACAGGGAGCCCAAGCAGCAUCGACAAAAUCGCUGCGCAAGGGAGGAAACGAAAGAAAAGGACAUCGAUUGAGGUGAGCGUCAAAGGGGUGUUAGAGACCCACUUUCUCAAAUGCCCCAAACCUGCGGCCCAGGAGAUAUCCUCUUUGGCAGACAGCCUACAGCUGGAGAAGGAGGUGGUUCGCGUGUGGUUUUGUAACAGAAGACAAAAGGAGAAAAGAAUGACUCCACCAGGAGACCAGCAAUCUCACGAGGUUUAUUCGCACAACGUUAACACGGACAACUCUUCGUGUCAUGAUCUCUGACCAAGGAAGCGGGAUUCACCCGCGAGACUUUCCCACAAAAAGGAAAUCUAUUGGCUUUUUGGAUAAUGAGUUUUGUUUUUCUAGCACUCAAUAUAUUCUGUUCGUACCAUUAUUACAGACAAGAGGCACCGAGAAUGAAAACAAUAACAGAAGCAACUGUUACUGCUUUUCAAUUUUUAAUCUCCAGUGUUGUGGGCAUUAACCCGACAAACCAAUGUUUAUUUGAAGCUCAAAUGGAAGUUGUCUACCAAAAUGUUUUUGUAUUACAGCAAGAAUAUGAAUACAAAAUUGUGCCUAUUAAAAUGACCUCCCAGCGCCUUGGUUGUCAAAAAUACAAUUAUACAUCAGGUUGAGUAGACGGUUUCAUUUAAUGUUGUUUUCCUUCUUUCUUUCUUUUUCCUUGUUUUGUUGGCUAAACAUAGUAUCGCAUGGUCUUGAUUGGUUUAUCUGUUCUUAUCAUUUGGUGAGUUGCUUGGCUCCUUUAUCUGGUAAAGUGUUUAAUUUGCACAUUUAUUUUUAGUAACGAAAAAUACAAGAUAGACUAAAGUGAUUGCUACUUUAUGCAGUUAAUUUUGAUCGAUUCACGUCGCUGGUGUGUGAAUCACAUCGAUGCUUUCCAGCAAUACGCAGCCAUUUUAAGCCUCACCACAGAACCGUUGCGCGAGACACCUUAAACGUGGCUUCUAAAGCUUUCUUCUUAAAGCAAUUUUAUCACCCUUUCUUUCAGUCGUGUACUUUGCCGCAAUCAUGUCAGUAUGGUUUUGCUUUAUUUUUGUUUAAUAUUGCAGGCCUAAAUAACAACAUAAUUAAAGCACUUCAGAAUCACGUCAUUCUUUAGAAAUGUUAUUCGAAAAAGCGACGCACAAGCGUAUAAGUAAUAUUUUAUGAUUCCGUAGGUAAAAGUUAAGUCAUCGACCACAUUACUGUGUACUGGAUAAUAAAACAGAACCGAAAGAUACUGGCCACUGAAAGCGUUGCGCUAUAGCCUAUACUUAUUUUAUUGUACACGUUCAGUAUCUAAAGUUUUAUAAUCUUAAAUACUCCUGUUAUUGGUUUAUUUCUUUUUUUUUUGAAUACUGUACAGUUUUGUAUAUUACAACCUUUUUGAAGUUAUUAAUUUAAACAAAUACCGUUUAGUUAUUCAUGCACUUAGUGAUGUACAAAGGAUAUUUUCAUUAAAAUUUGACGUUUUCGGCAGUACUAUUCCAAAUUCAAGAACAGGUCAAGCGAUUAUUUAUUUUCAGUAUAAAGCUUGUAUUAUGUUUUUGGAGCAAACUGUAUAAUGUAUGUUGUAAUAAAACAACUUGUUGGUACAA